CAUCUUCUCCCACACUCUCACUCCUCCUCCUCCUCUCUCUCUCCAACCACCGUCUCUCUCUCCUCUUUCUUUCUAGCAACAUAGAUAAGUUAGAAUUAGAUAGGGAGAGAGAAGUGGAGAUGAUCUUGGGUAAAAGACCUCGGCCUCCGAUCAAGAGAACCACCAGCAUGACGGAGGUCACCUUGGAUCUCAAUCGCACCGCCGUUGGUGGUGGUCAUGCCAACUCUCAACCACCGUAUGAUCCAAACAACCCGUUUACUAUGAACCCAUCUCCAGAUGCUAAUCUUGAUCAUCGGUUCUUCACACCCACCAUUUCUCCGAGGAACCACCGCCGGAAUUCAGCUGACCAUAUGGAAUCAGCCCAUUUCUUGACCGUUUGUCACCUCUGCAACCGCCGUUUGAUCACCGGCCGUGAUAUCUUCAUGUAUAGAGGUGAUAGCGCAUUUUGUAGCUCCGAGUGCAGACAAGAACAGAUGAAUCAAGAUGAGAAAAAAGACAAGCAUCCAUUGGUACCCAAAAAGCCAGCUGCCAUUAUUUCAGAAUCUUCAUCAUAAGACUGGCUUAACAGAUACAGAAGAUCUUAAUGGGGUUUGAAUCCAUGUUUAUAUGAUCCGGAGUCUUUCAAAUAUAUAUACAUGCAUUUUUAUGUAUGUAUAUACAUAAUCUGUAUGUAUUGUGUAUGUGUGUUUUAUGAAAUAGUUCCAAAGUUAUUAUUCAUGUGAUUCAACAUUAUAAUCAUUGCAUUAGAAGAAUGUAGGACAUUUGGUUUCGCAAUGAUGAUCUUGCACUGUUCUGCGGGACUUUUAAACCAACAUUCAAACCAUCUAAUGUAUGUUUGAUUUAUCUUUUA